CCUCAAGCAAGCAGUCAAGGUACUAGGAAGUGUAGCUCACAUUCACAGCAGCUAAAGGCCUAAAGCCUAGCUAGCUCACUUGUGCUGCCAUGAACACUCGAGGCAGUAGCAGUGGUAGCAGCAGCAACCACACCCUCAUGGCGUUCUCCGAGCAGCCGAAGCCGGCGGGCCAGCCGCAGCCGUCCCCUCCGUCGUCGCCGAGCGAGCGGCCCGCGACACGGGGCCGCCGGCGCGCGCAAGAGCCCGGCCGGUUCCUGGGCGUGCGGCGCCGGCCGUGGGGCCGGUACGCGGCCGAGAUACGCGACCCGACGACCAAGGAGAGGCAUUGGCUCGGCACGUUCGACACGGCGCAGGAGGCGGCGCUCGCCUACGACCGCGCCGCGCUGUCCAUGAAGGGCGCGCAGGCGCGCACCAACUUCGUAUACACGCACACCGCGUACAACUACCCGCCGUUCCUGGCGCCGUUCCACGGGCAGCCGUCGUACGCGCACGCGCCGUCCAUGCAGUACGGCGGCCAUCACGGCAGCAUGGGCGCGCCGCACAUUGGCUCGUACCACCAUCACCACCACCUGGCUCCCGCGGCCUCCGGCGCCUCCUCCGCGUCGGGCGAGUGCUCCAUGCCGGUGGCCGUCGAUCGGGCCGACGCUACGCUGCUGGACCAUAACGGCCACGACUUCCUGUUCUCCAGCGCCGACGACAACUCGGGUUACCUGAGCAGCGUGGUGCCGGAGAGCUGCCUCCGUCCGAGGAGCAGCGCGGCGGCGGUGGAGGACUUGCGGCGGUACUCCGACGCGGACGCCUACGGGAUGAUGGGGCUCCGGGAGGACGUGGACGAUCUGGCGCAGAUGGUGGCAGGGUUCUGGGGCGGCGCCGGCGAAGCGGACCAGCUCGGCGCGUGCGGAUUCCCGGCGGGCGGCGGGCACGCUGGGGACAUUGUCGCGUCGUCGCAGGGGUCGGACGCGUACUCGCCCUUCAGCUUCCUCUCCCACUGAACUGCCGCGCAUGCGCUGCAUUUGCAUCAGUCGCCCUGCUCAAUUACUUUGCUUAAUUACGAUCGAUCGUAGUUGCCUGUUUCUUUUGAGAGUUGGAUCAUCAGUGCGUGCGUAGC